AUGAUUAGGGAAUUCGCUAGUCAUGUGGACAGCGAUUUUGGUAACUCUUUCCUGAUCAAACGUCUUUCUAAUGAGGAUUUUACUACACGUGUGGUCGCUGCUAUCGCUAAAGUAGCUUUGAUUAGAGAUCGUUUCCGUUUGGGACAGAUGUCUUCCAGGUGCUUACCUGCACUUGAUCUUCUCUUCGAUUCAUUACAUUCGCUCCUCCUCAGAGAUGAUUUUCUAGAAAUUGCUGAUGAAAUUACUUAUACUGAUGGGCCCCCGUUAUGUGCUCAAAUGAUUGGUGCUAUAUCUACACUCGUCUCUCCCCAUCGACUACGGGAAAUUCUGGAUGCAGACUCUGCUGUCCGACCCCAAGAACGAGGCGAAUGCAUAAUUGAGAAGUACAAAAGCGCGAGUGAUAUGGAAAACUUGAUUUUUGAGACAAAAGAGGGUGAAGUACUGGCUCGUGUACCGAUGGAUGCUGCUUGUGCAGCCAGUCAUUAUUUCCAGGGAAUGUUCACGUCAGAUUUGCAAGAAAAAUCUACUAAACGGCGUAGUUUUGUUUUUUGCCCUGAAGAAGAGGAAUGCUCAGCUGAGGACUUCACACGUUUCUUACAUCAUCUAUCCGGUUGUCGAUCUCAGUGUAACAUCGUCACGCGUUACUCUCCCAGCUAA